AUGAGAUUUGGUGACAAGACCAUUAAAAAAAGGUAUGUAGUGUGCAACAAAAUUGGUAAAAUCCCUAACAGAUCAACUGACACUUUGGAUCGUGACGGAACUGGAAGGAAUAAACGAAACUCAAACUUCAGAAUCACGGACCUCAAGGCAUUGAUAAAGUUCGAAAGGUUACAUAUGCAAAGUAAUGAUUGUAACAUAUAUAAGUUUGAAGAGAAGCACAACCACCCCCUAGAAACUAAAGAAGAAAGAUGGUAUUCCAAACGUGCACGACGACUUAGUUAUAAAGACAAGGAGUUUAUAGUGCGUUCUUCAACAUCUAACAUGGGUGAAACAAAUGCACAUAAGUUACAAGCUAGUUUGCAAGGAGGUUAUGAAAACAUUGGCCUUGAAGCAAUUGAUUAUAAAAAUUUUAGAAGGAAUAUGGGAAACAUUAUAGGUGAAAAGGAUGCACAGCUGGUUGUUGAUAAAAUGAACAUGAGGAAAGAUGAGUUACCUAACUACACAUUUGAGUAUAAAUGUGUUGAUAGUGUGUUAAGCACAAUGUUUUGGGCGGAUGAAACCGCUAAGUUAUAUUACAAGGAGUUUGGAGAUGUGAUCUCAUUUGAUGCUACAUUUCGAACAAAUAAGCUGUUGAAUCAAUAUUUCCUAAUUCACCGCUUAUGUAUGUGGCACAUUAUGAAAAAACUACAAGCUAAGGUUUCAGCAGAUUUUCUGAAAAACACUGAUUUUCGAAAGCAUUUUACUAAGCUUGUUUGGAAUGUCUACAUCGAGCCUAAAGUCUUUGAAUCAAGUUGGAAACUGCUUAUGAGAAAAUUCAAACUACAAGACAAAAGAUGGUUCAAAGACAUGUACAAGGAUCGAAAGCUUUGGAUUCCAACCUAUUUUAAAGACAUGCCACUACAUGAUCUGAUGAAAACUACUUCAAGGAUGAGCUACGACACCGCAAUUGGAAAGCAACGAAAUGGUCAACGGAAACUAGAAAAUGAUACAAAAAAUACAAAGCAUGAAAUGACGCUUCCAAGUAGAUUACUAGAACAUGCAGCUGCAUUUUACACUAAAACCGUUUUCUAUGAGGUUGAACUAAAGUUGCCUGAAAAAGAAGUUAAAUGUUCAUGCAAUCACUUUAUACGUAUUGGCAUUUUGUGUUGUCAUAUUUUUGUUGUAUUGAAAAACAACCAUGUUGAAGAGAUUCCAGGGCAGUAUAUUCUCAGAAGAUGGAAAAGGGAUGCAAUUUCUAUCCAUUUGCUUUCCAUGAAACAUGUUUCCAUGGAAACCGAAGAUGACACCUUUAAACUUCUAAUAGUGGCAUACAACAAUAUUGAAUACUUCUUGGAUCAUUUCAAAAGAAGCAAGGAGAAAUUGUUGGAAUUUGUUGAAAAAACACGUAUCUUGAAGCAGGAGGCAAUAGAGUUUGGCAGUUCAAACCAAUCAUCAUCUGAUAAUGAUGAAGAAGAAAUUAUUCGGAUGCUUGGAAUAUGCAGCAUUCCUGAUGAAAUAAAUAUCCACCCACCUUCAUCUAUACGUACCAAAGGGAGUGGAACUAAGAAAAGAAUGGUUAGUGCUACUGAGAAAGUUGUUGGAGCUGCAAAGAAAAAAACUAAAAUUUACACAGGUUGCAAUCAAUAUGUUAACCAUAAUUGGAGGACUUGCAAAGUCAGACUUGCACAAGAGUCAAAACAACCUUAA